AAAAGCAUCUAUCCUUGUCGUUGCAUACCGGUUUGUUGCGAUCCGCUUCGUCUCCCAUGGAGUUCCCCUUCGGCCACCACCACCGACGCGACAACGACGACGAGGAACAGCCCUACCCGCCUCCUGGCCAUCACCACGGCCCCGGACAUAGCCACGGCCACCAGCCUCCCUCCUUCUAUGGCGGAGAGGAGGAAGGCCGCCGCCCCGCCUACCCUCCUGUCCAGAACGUCCCGCAUCAUGGUGGAUCCGGCUACGGCGAGCAUCAACCUCACCCUCCUCCCUCUUCCGGAUACUACGGAGGAGGAACUGGAUCUGGGGAUGAGUACGGCCGCCCCAACUUCCCGCCUGUCCAGCACGUGGCGCACGAAGGUGGGGGCGGCUAUGGCGAGCCCCGCCCUCACUCUUUCGGUCAUCAUGGCGGCGAGCAUAACUAUGACCGACCCCCAUCGUACUCUUCUGGAGGCUGUCCAACCGGAGGCCAUGGCGGCCGGGUGGAGGAGCCUUCGAAACUACAGCAGCCGACGGUGAGGAUCUUCACCAGGGCGGAUGAAAAUUACUCCCUCUCCAUCAGGGAUGGGAAAGUGGUCCUCGUCCGUAACGAUCCCAGCGAUCAGUAUCAGCACUGGAUCAAAGAUAUGAGGUACAGCACCAAGGUGAAAGAUCAAGAAGGGUUCCCAAGCUUUUGCCUCAUUAACAAGGCCACCGGAGAAGCCGUGAAACACUCCAUUGGAGCUACACAUCCUGUUCGGCUUGUUCCAUACAAUCCUGACUACCUCGAUGAGUCCGUGCUGUGGGCCGAGAGCGGGGAUACAGGCAACGGCUUCCGCUGCAUAAGAAUGAUAAACAACAUUGGGCUGAACUUCGACGCUUUCCAUGGCGACAAGGACCAUGGCGGAGUCCGAGAUGGAACCACCGUUGUGCUUUGGGAGUGGCUCAAGGGUCAUAACCAGCAGUGGAAGAUUGUUCCCUACUGAGAAAUGGGAUUUUUCAGCAUCAGUUUGACGUUAUGUUUCAUCAUGGUCUCUCUUGUCGCACUGAAAAAGUCGGUUUGCACAAUAAGGUAGGAUUGCGUCGAGUGGAGCUGGCUUUUCCCUCUUUACGCUAGUGUGCUUGUGUGGGAUUGCAACUAGUGUGUUAUUUGCUGUAGCUUGCGCCUUGAUGUUGAUGCCACCGGAAAGACAUUGUUCUGGUCCGGAUUACGAUAUGUGUAUGCUUUGUGUAGAAAUAAAGAAUGUGUGUUGUUCUGUAUUCA